CCUACUCACUCUGACAUUCUCUCUCACUCUGAUCUCAACUCUGUUAAAAAAACCCUAAACCCGACAAAAAAAAAUGGGCGCGGCGGCGGUGCCGGAGAGGCCCACCGUCCGAGUGACCAACAUCCCCUGCACCAUCACCGCCAAGGAGCUGCUCGCCUUCCUCGAGUCCACUGUCGGCCCCGACUCCAUCUUCGCCGUCGAAAUCGCCAGCGACCACAAGAACUGGAAAUCCCGCGGCUACGGCCGCAUCCAGUUCACCUCCCUGGCCCACAAAGCCCGAGCCAAGUCCCUCUCCUCCUCCGCCGACCUCGUCUUCAAGUCCCACAACCUCCGCCUCUUCGACAACCACGACGACAUCAUCGCCCGCCCGCUCGACCCCACGCACCGCCUCGACGACACCGUUUUGCACGCCGGGUUUUCCGUCAACGAGGAGACCAUGAGCGUGCUGGAGUCUUGGGAGGGCGUCCGGGCCUGGGUCAUGCCCGAGCGGAAGCGGGUCGAGUUUUGGGUCUGGAAGGACGGUGUCUGUUACAAAAUGGAGAUUGCGUUUGAGAAUAUUGUGGAGUCUGUUGGGUGCUCUUUGGGUGGUGAUAAAGUUAAUGCUAUACUCUUCAAGCUCAAGUUUGGGCCGAAGAUUUAUCGGCAAGUAUCAGGGCCUAAUGUAGCUUCCAAGUUCAGUGCUGAUCGGUAUCACAUUUGCAAGGAAGACUUUGAUUAUCUGUGGGUGAGAAGUACGGAUUUUUCAGAGAUGAAGUCGAUUGGGCAUUCGACUUCGUUUUGCUGGGAGAUUCAGCAAGAUGUUGCAGCUGUGGGGAUAUUCAUGAAUUUUCCGAGCUUUAGGAAAGAUAUGGUGGUGGAUCUCAUGUUUGAGGAUGGUGAGGGAUAUGUUUCCGUGUCUGAGACGAUUCCGCUUGUGAAAUGUGAACCGGAUUGGAAGUUGCCUUAUGAGAUUCUUUUCCAGCUCAAUGCGCUUGUUCAUGCUCAGAAGAUUAGCCUUGCUGCAGCAGAGUCUGAUUUGAUUGAGUUUUUUGGUGGUUUGAGUAUGGACACUGCUAAUGUGCUUCUUGAGAAGCUGCAGAAGCUCAAGACGACUUGUUAUGACCCUCUGAAAUUUGUGACUUUGCAACUGCAACUCCUGGAGAAACGCUCUAAGAAACGUCUCUCUCCUCAUGAGAGAUUAAUGGAGCAUAACGUUAUGAGUUGUCACAGGGCCUUGAUCACCCCAUCAAAGAUAUACUGCUUGGGUCCUGAGCUUGAAAAAUCAAACUAUGUUGUGAAGAAUUUUGCACAGUAUGCUUCGGAUUUUAUGAGAGUUACAUUUGUUGAAGAGGAUUGGGGCAAGCUUCCUGUAAAUGCUCUCUCCACAAGUGUUGAACAAGGUUUCUUUGCAAAACCUUUUAGGACUAGUAUAUAUCAGCGGAUAUUGUCUAUUCUUCGAGAUGGAAUUGUGAUUGGAGAUAAAAGAUUUGAGUUUCUGGCUUUCUCAGCAAGUCAACUUCGAUCAAAUUCUGUCUGGAUGUUUGCUUCAAAUGACAAGGUAAAAGCUGAAGAUAUCAGGGACUGGAUGGGUUGCUUCAACAAAAUCCGCAGUGUAUCUAAAUGUGCAGCUAGGAUGGGUCAACUAUUCAGUUCUUCCACGCAAACUCUUGUUGUCCCUCAACAAGAAGUGGAGCUCAUUCCUGACAUUGAGACUAAUUAUGAUGGUGUAAGUUACUGCUUCUCUGAUGGUAUUGGAAAGAUUUCUUCAUCUUUUGCCAGACAAGUGGCUCGAAAAUGUGGAUUGAAUCACACGCCAUCAGCAUUCCAAAUUCGAUAUGGUGGAUAUAAAGGGGUGAUAGCUGUUGACCGUAAUAGUUACAAGAAACUGUCUCUACGUAGUAGUAUGCUCAAAUUUGACUCAAACAACAGAAUGCUUAAUGUCACUAAAUGGAGUUCCUCCAUGCCCUGCUUUCUGAAUCGAGAAAUAAUAACUCUCAUGUCUACUUUAGGGGUAGAGGAUGAAGCAUUUGAAGCAUUGCAACAGGAGCAAUUGAAUCUGUUGGGAAGCAUGAGGACAGAAAGAAAUGUCGCACUGAAUGCCCUAGAGAAACUAAGUGGUGCUGAUUCCAAUAACAUCCUUGUAAAGAUGUUGCUCCAAGGUUAUGAGCCCAAUCUGGAACCGUAUCUCUCAAUGAUGCUUCAAGCACACUACGAGCACCACCUGACUGAUUUAAAGAGUAGGUGCCGCAUAUAUGUCCCAAAAGGAAGAAUCUUGGUAGGGUGUUUGGAUGAAACUGGUAGUUUAAAUUAUGGUCAAGUUUAUGUAAGAAUAACCAUGACAAAAGCGGAGCAAGAAAUGGGGAAUCAGAAUUUCUUCCAGAGGGUGGAUGAGGCAACAUGUGUGGUAACAGGGAAGGUGGUUGUCACCAAAAAUCCUUGUCUUCAUCCAGGAGACGUCAGGGUACUUGAGGCUGUGUACGAUGUGGGACUAGAAGAGAAGAAUAUGGUGGACUGUCUUGUGUUUCCCCAGAAAGGAGAAAGGCCUCAUCCAAAUGAAUGCUCUGGUGGUGAUCUGGAUGGAGACUUGUUUUUCAUAAGUUGGGAUAAAAGUCUUGUACCUCCUUCUACUGUACCUCCUAUGGACUAUUCUGCACGUAGACCUCGCAAUAUGGAUCAUGACGUGACUUUAGAGGAAAUUCAAAAGUUCUUUGUGGAUUACAUGAUAAAUGAUAAUUUAGGUGCCAUCUCUACUGCACAUCUAGUUCAUUCUGACCACGAACCAGAAAAGGCCAUGAGUAAGAAAUGCCUGGAGUUGGCAGACCUGCACUCCAUGGCUGUUGACUUUGCCAAAACUGGUGCACCAGCUGAAAUGUCAUGGAUAUUAAAACCAAAAGAAUUUCCCGAUUUCAUGGAAAGGGUGGAGAAACCGAUGUACAUCUCCAGUGGUGCAUUGGGAAAGUUAUAUCGUGCAAUUCGUAGCUCGGUUUUUCAAGAACAAAAGCCUGUUGUCUGGUCACAGCAGAUGGCUGAAGCAGCUUAUGACAGGGAGCUUGAAGUGGAAGGUUUCGAAUCUUUCCUUGACCUUGCAGAAAGUCACAGGGACAUGUACAUUGAGAAGAUGAGAAGUCUCAUGAACUAUUAUGAAGCAGCAACCGAGGAUGAAAUACUUACUGGUAACCUCCGAAACCGUGCAGCCUAUCUACAGCGGGAUAACAGAAGAUACUUCGACUUAAAGGAUCGCAUACUGCUGUCACUGAAGACCCUGCAGAAGGAAGCAAAAGGAUGGUUCGAGAGCUGCUGCAAGGUGAGCGAGCAGCAGCGAUUGGCCUCAGCCUGGUACCAUGUAACCUACAACUCAGCUUAUUACCAGGAAGACAUGAACUGCCUGAGCUUUCCAUGGAUUGCGGGCGACAUCCUGCUCAACAUCAAGUCUCUGAACAGCCGAAGAAACCGCCCCGUUACAAGGACAUAGGGGCAUCAUAAGGAUUUGUGUUGUAUAAGAUUAGGUUCACUUGUAUUAACCAUUAGUGCAAGGCUUCUGGCAACCAGCAUUCUCUUGUAGGCUGUGUUGAUCAUGGAUUCAUGGACAAUGUUAGCGUCUGAAGAACACGAGUGCCUGAGUGGUAUCUAUCUAUAAUAAGAUUUAACAGU